AUGGCAUACUUUACGAGAGCAAAAAGGAGAAAAUUAUCCGAAAGUAAUCUGGAGGAAGACGAUAAUGACUAUGACGAACCUCCAAGGAGUUAUAAAAGGAAAAAUCCCUUUAUGUUUGUACCGACAGAAGUGAUACAACUAAUAUUUGAGCACAUAUCUUAUAAUGAACUAAGUACCAGAGUUCGUUUAGUCAACCGAAGAUUCAAAGUGAUUGCCGAAACUUGCCUGAAUAUAGCUUUUCGGAAUAUUGGAACAAAAUUGGAUGAUUUAAUCAAAAUUACCGACACAUCUUUGAGUCACACACAAGACGAUAUGAUUAUUAAAUGCAUUGCAAAGUUACUUUGGAUAUUGAAAAUACUCAAGCAACAACACAUGGUAAUAUUUGCCACAAUAUGGAGAUAUGUCUACAAUGACUAUUACAAGACUAAUCAAUCUUGCAUGUACGGAGGCCUUAUAAUAGAUAUUCACGAGGCUGUUUUUAGAAAAUUCGAUCAGUGUCCAAACGACCUUUACAGUCCAUCUGUAAUAAAAGACCAUGCCUUGCCAUCAGAAGUCUCAGAAGUAAUAUUUUUAACUAAAACCUUUUGCGUGCACUUCGAUAAAGUCACCGAAGAACUUUCACCUAAUCCGCGUGUUUUGAGCGGAUGCAAAACUUUGGAUAUACUCGACUGCGCCAAUUUUGCUCAGACGAAUCGAAUACGACUUGAACGACGUUCCGAUACUCUUUAUGCAAAGUACACCUUCUACUUCAAAAACUCCUGGUUCUGCGCCAUCCACAUCCCUCCAACGAAAACCGUAGAUUGGCCUCAGAAACAACGGCUGAUGCACAUGAGACUCAGACGUAUCGUUUUGGCACACAACGAUAUGUAUUUACAGCAAGCAGAAUACGAAAAAGAGCUUGAACUCAGACCAGAAACAUCGACAAUCAGAAGACCACCGAAUAACGUCUACACAGGAUACGGCGACGUGGAGAGGACGUUUUUUUAUUAUGGCGUUAUGAAUGAAGCUGCAUAUGUUUCAAAGUUCCACAGCGAAGAUGACAUUAUGGUAGAUGAACUGGACGAAGAAGAAGAUAUAAUUGAAGUGGAUAUGAACCAGUUGAUACCUGAAGCAGUCGGUAUUGAUGAAAUCAACGAUUUAGUUGCAGUAAACUCUGAGGAAGAUGUUUAUUAUCGAAUUCCAUAUUUAGGACUCAAAAUUGACGUAUCUUUGAAAUGCCCUGUUCAAUAUGCUCCUUUGAAAUACCUGAAUUCUUUGCAAGAAGAUGAACGAGAACAAAUUAAAAAACAUAAUAACAUUGAAGGUGCAACCGAAAUCGUACUGAACUUUGAAAGUCUGGGCAAUCACUAUGCCAGAUUAGCGUGCACUUACAAUUACAAAUUCAUGGGCAAACCCGAAACGAGAGAAUCACAUCAAAACACUGGCGAUUAA